GUUUUACUUACGAUUCCUCAGUUAAAGUUUGCGUUAGUAAAUUCUCUGAUAUUGCAGUUCCAAUAUAAGCGUAAUAGAAUAAAUUUUGUGUUUGGCUAGCAGUUUAAAAGAUACGUUUAGAAAUACAUAUUGUAAUCCGUCAGUUAGUGUAAUAUCUUCGUAAUUUGUUAAGUGAUAAAGAAUAUGCAAAACAAACAAGAUAUGGUAACUGCAAUGGAAGAGCUAAGGCUCAAACUUAAAGACGGAGAUUCUCAAAAUGACGAUAUAGAAAUUGAGAAAAACUUGAGAGAGUUUAUAACAGAACUUUAUAUCAAAAGGGAAGAGGUGAGGAGUCUGGAAGAAGAUAACAAGCAACUGCUAUGCAAUAACAGCGAAUUGAGAAAACAACUAGACGAAUCUAAUAAAACAUGCAAAGAAAUUCAAAUGAAUUUGGAUAUGCUGAAACAAAAAUCACCAAAUGUAGAAGAGGAGCUGUUUGAGAAGAGGGACACUUUGGUGAAGUUGCAAAUGCAGUCUAAGACUGCGUUGUUGGAUAUAACGACUUUGAAAGAAAAACUCGAAAAGUCAGAGUUCGAGCGAAAUGACCUGUCUAAGAAAUUGGACAUGCUUGAAAAUAAGUUCAAGCACAGCUGCACUUAUCAGAAUGAAAUAAUGAAGAGAGACAGUGAACUUCGUCGACAGAUUGAAGAUAUUAACGAGGGGCUUAUUAAACUUAAGUCUGACCAAGCUAUGGUUGCCGAACUAGCAAAACAACCGGAUCUGGCAGUAGAUGCAAUGGUCAGAAUGCAGCAACUCUCACGGAAGAUUGAAAAACUCGCGCAAGAAAGAGAUCAAUAUCAAGAUCUUUACGUCAAGAUUAAUGGAAAAUUACGCAUAUUGGAGGAAAGUCUUUCACAAGAAGUCGACGCAACUGAUUUGGAUUCCUUGACAACAAUGAUUUUCAAAAAGUGGAAGCUGAGCGAACAGCACUACCACACUCAGAUAGAAGAGAAAAAUGAUCUGUUAACUAAACUGUGUGAAACGAUUAAAAACGAGCAGGCUACAAAUGAAAAACUAAUCUUCGAGAAUGAGGAACUUAAGAAAAUGUAUGAGGGUUUGCAGCAAGAAAUCCAAGAAAUCAAAAAAAAGAAAGAGGGGGAAUUAAAUGGAAAAACUGACGAGAAAAAUGAUGAAGUGGAGUUUGUUACCGUGAAGUCAGAAACCAUACUAAUUGAUGACUGAAAAUUUAAUGUUUUGUUCGCAAUGUUUGUUUAGUUGGAUUUAAUUAAGUAUUGCUAAUAUAUACGUGGUGUCCCAUUUUAAUCUCCCCACCUGAAUAUUCCGAAAACUGCACCUACUAGAAAAAAUUUGUAGGGUUUCUGGGGGAAAAUGAGGCUGACCUUAACGAUGACCUUGACUAUAAUCUUUAGAUCAUUUCGAGGUCAAAAGACUAUUUUCAAAUAAAACCUCCCUUUUUCACAUCUGAAUUGAAAAGAGGACCAAAUUUUACGUCCAAGCAUCAUCUGGGCAAUGAUCCGGACCUUCAAGGUCAAUACAAGAUAAAAACAAUUUGCUCUAGCGAAAAUGUUCGACAGCACAGUUGUGAGGUUUGCGGGAUCACCAAAAUGUUACCUUGACCAUAACCUUUAAGGU